GGCGCGGCGCGGGGCGGGGCGGGCGGUGAGGCGGGUUCCGGGCGCCAUUGCCUGCGGCGCCAUGACGGACCGGUACACGAUCCACAGCCAGCUGGAGCACCUGCAGUCCAAGUACAUCGGCACGGGGCACGCCGACACCACCAAGUGGGAGUGGCUGGUCAACCAGCACCGCGACUCCUACUGCUCCUACAUGGGCCACUUCGACCUGCUCAACUACUUCGCCAUCGCCGAGAACGAGAGCAAGGCGCGCGUCCGCUUCAACCUCAUGGAGAAGAUGCUGCAGCCCUGCGGGCCGCCCGCCGACAAGCCCGACGAGUCCUAGCCCGGCCCCCGGCCCCCGGCCCCCGGCCCCCGGCCCCUGCCCCGGGAUGGAGCCGCCCGCCCGCAGCCAGCCCCGCAGCGCCCGGCCGCCCGCUGGCCUCGCAGCCCCCGGCCCCUCCGUCCUGCUCCGUGCGCGCCGGCGGGGAGGUGCUGGGACAACGCCUGCUCCCGGACAGUUUCUCGCAGUUCCACAGUUGUUCAAUUUCUCUCUCUUUUUUUUUAAAAAAAUAAAUAAAUAAAAUUUAGUGGGCAUUUCUGACGUCUUGUUUGGUAAUGUGCUAGCAACAGCGCUUGGUUUUAAAAGGAACGGUGGUUACUCGAUAUUAAGUUGCUCAGUACAGCUGUCUGCAGUGAAAGCAACGAGUGUUUAACAGGUAGUGUCUUCCCAGCCUAGCCAUUUGGUACUUCCUUGCCAGAGCUACGUUUUGGGGAGGGAGAGGAGGAAGCGCGUGGACUCUAAAAGGGUUUGAUUUGUUGUUAGCCAUUGUCUGGGGUGAUCUGUGAUACCGUGUACGUCCAUUGCUCCAAGGUCUUAAAACUCCAGUGUGACUUUACUUUGUAUGCUGUUUUUUUGUCUCAUCUUCUCAUCUGUACAUUGCAUUUUCCAAAUCUUGAUCCUCUCUGUUCCAGCAUAUUUUUUUAACCGAUGUUUAUAGCAAUCUAAUUAAAAAUUUUUCUAUGGUUCACCGUGCAA